CACAAGGAGACAGCAGACAAAGUAGAGUUAGAGGAGAGUAAGACUUUAAGAAGGACUGCUGUGAAGCUGGUCUCCUGUUUUACUGAAUGAACACCUCUAGUAUUGUUUGACUUAAAAAAACUGGUUGACGUUUGAUCAAGUGGAUUUCAGGACAUGGAUGGAGACUCAUCUCCAGAGACAGCCAACAAGAACGAGGCAGAUGAAGAAGAGCAGGGGGCAGGUAAAGACCCAAGGAGCAAGCCUGCAGCCGAGGAGACAGAAGAAGGUCAGGGGGUAAUGCCAGACAGGGACUCAGAAGCUGAUGAGAAAGAAAAGGAGGGCAGCUCUGGAGAUACAGACAAGCCCCAGAUAAACAUGUCAAAGCAGGCUGAAGGUGACAGUGAAGAGACUGGCCAAGAUACUGACAUGAAGGACCCCGAAGCAACAAGUGGAGAAAAGGAUAAAGAGGACAAGAGUAAAGAAGACAAGGAAAACAGACAGGUGGGAGAAGUGAAGGGUUCUGAGGCUGAAAGAGAUGGUGGGAUGAAAGACAAAAACGAGGAUGAAAAGAGAACAGAAAAAGAGGAAAAAGCAAAGAAAGAAGCAGAAAAAGAUGUUGAUGAGAAAGGCGCAAAAGGAGCAGAGAAGGAAAAACAAGUCAAGGAUGGGGAAACAAAAGAAAAAGGACAGAGUAAGGAGUUGGAAAAGCAAGGGAAGCCAAAAAGAAAGAGUGGUCCUCCUCCUUCUGCUCUCUCCAGACCAAGACCCUCUGCGCGCUCUAUCAGAGCAGCUGCUAAAAAUGAUAUCAUCGCAAAGUUCCAACAGGGUGCUCCCGAGACACCAAUACCCCGCAACUUCAAAAUUCAGAAGUCAUCCACCGCCGCAGCCACAGGAGCUUCAAUCAAGCAGAAGAUGCUUCAGUGGUGUCGCAACAAGACUCGCAAAUAUGAGGGUGUCAACAUUGAGAACUUCUCAUCAUCCUGGUGUGAUGGGCUGGCCUUCUGUGCACUGAUCCAUCGUUUCUUUCCUGAUGCUUUUGACUUCAGCUCCUUGAACCCAAAAGAGAGGGAGAAAAACUUCACUUUGGCCUUCCAAACUGCAGAGUCUCUGGCUGACUGCUGUCCUCUGCUGGAAGUGGAGGACAUGAUCAUGAUGGGUCAAAACCCAGACCCCAUGUGUGUGUUCACAUAUGUCCAGUCCCUCUGUCACAGCCUUUCCAAAAUAGAGAAAGAGAGGAAGGACAAAGAAAAGGAAAAGAAAGAGAAGGCUGGAGAUGAGAAAGGUUCGGAUGAAGCAGGGGCAGAGUCACCAGAGAAGGUGGAUGAUGAGUCUACUGAGAAUGGGAUCAUCGAGAGCCAAGAGGAGACACAAGGAGGUGCUGCAGAGACGGAGGAAACUGGAGAGGAAGAACACAGCAGCUGUGAGACAAAAGGUGAUGAAGCAGUGUUAGUGGAGGCAGAGUCCUAAAAAUUCUGAAGGAACACACGAGGACUGAGAAGACCAAAAAGAUAGCUGAUGGGUGGUGUAAGAAGAAAGUUUUAGUUUGAUUUUGGAUUGACUUCCCUAAAGAAGGGAGGGACAACAAGCUGGGUCUCAGACUGUAUAUUGGCAAUGAAAUGUUAAGUCAUGUCUGAAUGUUUACUGUAAGCUUUGUGUUUUUUCAUUCAUUGAGGUGGUUUGAGCACAAAAAGCAGUAAUGUUCUGUUAUGAUUUGCUGUGUACGUGGAGGAAAAUAAUUAAAUAAUGGUCUUGUAUAGGAUUUUUUUUUGUGAGAACACAUUUGUACUUAUGAGCUAAAUGAUGAAUAAUCAUUUUCAGGAAUAUGAUGGACUGUAUUUUUUGAAAGGAGAUCAGUGUUUUGUUACAUUGACUUUUUUCAAGCUUCAUUGAAAAUAAAUUUUAAAAAUGUGAGAACUAAUAAUGUCAUGACUGAUAAUAUAUGCAAAUUAUU